AUGCCUACCUGGUAUAUUCAUUUCCCUCUGGUCGGUAUCUCCACUGGUGCACCGAAAGUGGAACAACUCCAUCAAACGCUCUUCGAGGUCCAGAAUAGAAUGACCACCCUCUGGCAAGUCCAGGUUGCUGCCCCCGCUGGCGGCUUGCUCAUCCGGGUCACCGUGUCGGAGAAUAAUCAUGAACUGAUCAUUGCUACGGCGGAGUCUAUGCCUGGAGUUAUCUCCAAGGAUGUCGACUCGUUUGAAGAAUUGCAUUGCGCGUGA